GUGAUUUGUUGUUUUUCGAUGUGUUGUGCGUGCAGUUCUCUGAAUUGUUUAUACGCAAAUUAGCAUAAAAUCGAAAAGUUGUAAUUAGUUCGAUAGCGCGUGGCUAAAACAUGCUCAUCAAAGUAAUUUAAAUCGAUUUCUGUGCAUAUAAUUACAUAUUGGAAAAGAAAGACAGUGUGCAAUUUUCUUUGUAUAUGCGUUGGAUUGUGGGUGAGCGUACGCCAGCACUACAAAUAAGGAAAGGUAGUCUUGUCUGCCGCGUAGUGGUGCAAAAUAAUUGAAAAUUCUAAUGUAAUGUAAAUCAAUUAGAUAUAAUUAGUAGCCCACUUGACCUGUAAAUUGGUGGCAAGUGGUUUGUGCAAAGUGAUUGUGUGACGUAAAAAAUGUUGCAACACUAAAGAAUGCGAUUGCGAAAUUUAAGGCUGGUUAUGAUGACAAGCAAUCGUACAACACUACAAUAAGGGUAUUGGUGACUGCGGCUUUUAAAAUCGAAAACUUAGCAAAUAUAGCUUUGGAAAGCAACUACUGUACAUGUCUUUAUCAUUGCUGUAAGCUAGUUACUUUGGUACUUUAUACACCGGUUAAUUUGCAUGUUAGAAAGCAGGCGAUUUACAACAAAUAUUCCUAUAGUUUCCAUUUGUUAAGUGACCACACCUCAUAGCAGCGCUCCUGCAGUUGCAGCAAACAGCAAAUAUGACGAACGCACUGAGCCGCUUUCUGACGCCCGUCGCGUGCACUUGCAAAGACUUCACUCACCCAUGGACAGAUAGUUGUGCGAAUGCAUCGGCAGGCGUAUUGCUUGCAGCGAUACCAUAUAGCUUACGUAUCUACACAAUGGUUUAUGCGCUCUCACUCCUGAUGCGACAUCGCAUACCACGGCUCGGCGAUCUCAAGCGCAACCUGCACGGCAUCAUACAAUCGACCGCCUUCCUCGUCUCCAACGGUUACACAUUUAUUUUGUUCAAUUGCCUGCUGCGUAGACUUAUUGGCCACUAUGUAUGCGCCACAGUUGCCUUCGUGCCCAGCUUCAUAUCCAGCUAUGCAUCGAUACUUAUCGAACGACCUGCACGUCGACCAUUGCUUGCGUUGUAUAUGGCCAACUUGGCCACCGAAUCUAUAUGGAAUAUGGCUGAGGUGCGCGGUUAUGUGCGUUCGAUACCACAAGGACAGACUUUAAUAUUCGGCGUUAGCAUAUCAGCGCUAUUGUAUUUGUAUCGAUUGGGUCUGCAUAAAACCACCUGCAAGGAUUCGCUAUUCAAUGUCUUGCGGUUUUUUGUGGAUAAAAGAGAAGAGGGUCCGGUAGUAGCGAAGGCGGGCGAGGGUGCAGCGACGGCGACGGCGACAGAAGCGUCCGUGAGUGCUGCAUCAACGUCCUCAUCUGCCAAUACUCAACGCUCCCGCGCACCACUUGACUUUCGGAGUAUAAAUGUACUCGUCCAGAUCUAUAGUCGUUUCUUGGAUGCGGUGAAGAGUAGGCAUCCCUCUUGCCCGCAUCGUGAUAAUUGUUGGCAUUAUGCGCUAAUGGGUGGUCUCAGACCCUUUGUUGGCGGUAUUGGUUUGCAGUUGGCGUUGAGGCUGAUCAUGAAUUUCAAGAAAAUAAUGCAAUUCAAGUUGGACGUGCGUAAGACUAUAUUCAAUAAGGACACACUAAAUUUGGGCAUAUUCCUGGGUUGCUUUUCCUUCUUAUAUAAGGUGGGUGGAGCAUAAAUAUGUAUCAUAAAGAGAGGAAAAAAUGUUAUAUUAGCCGUGUUUUCUUUACACGUAUGUAUGUACAUAUGUAUAUACACAUUAUAUGUAUGUAUAUCUACGCUUAACUUCAACUAUUCAGAACAACAACUAUUUUAAAGGCAGUGUCACACGAUUGGGCAUUUGCCCAAAAUUUGGUGCAAAUCGUAUUCAAAUAGAUUGGAAAUUGACAAAUUAACGAUAAUCUUAAAUUUUUAUAUGAGAAUUGAAGUCGGUUUUUGUUUUUUGUUUAAAAAUUACUUCUAGCACGCAUUUUGUUGUUGGAAGAGCAACAAAACAUGUGGUAGAUUGCUACGUAGCAACUUUACACCUAAAAUGCUACUCAACGUGAGCUCCCCUAUUGUAUUUGCAGGGGCAGCCACUUGAAUAGCGCCCUCUUUUGCUGCUCGGUAUUGACAGUUUUCCUUUUGUUUAUUUAAUAAAUACUAAAUUUUU